AUGCAACCUUCACCAUCAAACCCCUCACAUUCCAUCGCUGCGUGGGUCCCAGCACCCGAGCAGCCCUCGACAAGCCAGCCAAACUAUGCGAUCAGCAUUCCCAGCACCGACUACAACCCUUCCCCGCCGUUUGAUGCAAACAAAUCGAAUCGGAGAAGGGUCGGUUGAAGAUUUGAAUGUAAAAUUAGAUGGUUCACUGUGUUUUGGCAAAGUUUGCAUAGUAUUUCUGAUAAUAUUAGUUGACUAGAGCCUUGUUAAUCGAAAGCUUUGGGUUUCCCGGGAAAUUUUUUAUGGAUACAAUGUAAAAAAUGUGUUUUUGGCAGGUCAGAUGGGCAACUUUUUGAUUCAAGUUGAAGGGGAGAACAGUAGAAAUAAGUUGAAAUUUGGUUGUUAAAUAGUGUAGUCUGAAAAUUUAGAUGAUCAAAGCCUUUAUGGAAGGCCUCAGUUUGGAUGAAAAACAGGAUUUUCUGGUCGAUUUGUUGGUAAGUCAUCUAAAGUAAUGUAAAGUGGGCUUAGAAAUGUACGGAUCGGAAGACGGUGGUGAAAGUGACACAAAGAGCAGUAACAGAGCUCCCGGAAAUUGUCGAAACCAUCGAUGAAACGCCGUCGACCAGCGAGGAUUCGCUGUUCAAUCAUUUACCGGACACCCUGAUAUUACACAUCUUCUCCAUGCUAGAACCUAGUAAGUUCUUACUGCUUUUUAGGUUGAUUUUAAGAAUGGAUUGAACUUAACUGGGCUUCUGAUAGUGGGAUUGAUACUAGUUUGGUUAAUUUUUACAUUGUACUUGAUGCCAUCCGAUUUUCAGUAGAACUCUAUAGAUGCCUCCGUGUUUCCCGAAGAUGGCAUAGAAUUGCCCUCGAGCAAUCGCUUUGGAAGUCCUUUUGUAAGGACCCGGAUAAGUAUCGGCUUGGCUCGAGGAUCGCAGAACGGCAACAAAUCGCCGCCUUGAGCAAUAAGGAAGGAGAAUUUGAGUGGAAAAGGGUCUUCGAGGAGCGGUUACGGUAAGAAAAAUUCUAUUCGAAGGUAGUUUUUAUUAUUUUCACUAUUUAUUUUUUGCACCAAAAUUAAGAAUUUGAUUUUGUGAUAUCUACCGUAAUAUAAAUUUAUAUUCAGAUUGUGGAGAAAUUGGCAUGCCGGCCGCUGUGUUGUCCGUGAAUUCCUGGGCCAUACUGAGGGAGUGUCCUGCGUCCAGUUUGACUCCGAACGUAUUGUCUCUGCCGGUUAUGACAACACAAUUCGUCUCUGGGAUCGCCGAACCAAUUGUGGAGGCCUGGGCCAAAUGACUUUGAAUGGGCAUGUUGCUGCUGUACGAUGCCUGCAUUUGGAUGAAGGCCGAUUAGCCAGUGGAUCGGCCGAUAGAUCAGUGAGAAUAUGGGAUCUGUCGAUGACUCCAAAUUGGAGUCACGUCGCUUGUCGCCAGACCUUGAGAGGACAUACGGACACUGUAAGAUGCUUACAGGUAAGAGAAAAAAAUGUGAUAAAUGAUGGAUUCAGAUGGAAAGUGAAUCUCUGAUCAGCGGAUCGUACGAUCAAACACUCAAGAUUUGGAAUAUUGAACGAGGACAUUGUCUUCGGACAUUACAGUAAGCCUAGUAUAAUAUAAUUUAACCGUUUUAUAAAUUUGUGUUCGUCAGAUGGUUCGGGGAUUUUGAGGAUGCGUGAAGUAAUAAUUCAUGUUUUAGCGGCCACACUGACUCUGUUCUCUGUCUCCAACACCGUGCCGAACUUGCCCAAUUGGCUUCAGGUUCGGCUGACCGGACUGUCCGUCUGUGGGACACAAGGCAGUCCCAAUCUAUGGCUAUCGCCACAUUAAACAACUGUCAUGCUGAUGCUGUAACUUGUCUGAGAUUUGAUAACAUCAGAUUGGUCACCGGAUCUGUGGACUCGACCAUCAAGGCGUGGGACUUUAGAAAUCUGAAAUGUUUAUACACAAUUGAUUGGAGACAGGCCGAAGGACACACCCGAGUCGUCAGAUCUGUCCAAAUCGAUGAUUGGAGAAUGGUCAGCGCAUCGGAUGAUCGAACCAUUAAGGUGAGAUUGGGGAUAUUAUGCUAGACACCCUUUAGAUGUGGAAAAUAAGUGACGGAAAGAGAAUCUGCACCCUUCAAGGCCAUGCUGAUGGUGUGACAAGUGUCCAAUUCAACGACCAACUGGUCCUCUCGGCUUCUUUCGAUCGAACUGUCCGACUCUGGGACUUCUCCACCUGUUAA